AUGGUUGUUAACGUUUAUGCCACUUCUGCCACCACCGACAACUUAUCCCGCAACGAACUCUUGGCCUGGGUCAACGAUUGUCUCCAGUCCAACUUCACGAAGAUCGAACAGCUUCAUUCUGGAGCAGGGUAUUGUCUGUUCACCGACUUCCUCUUCCCCGACUCUCUUCCCUUGAAGCGCGUUAAGUGGAAUAGCCGCCUCGAAUUGGACUGGUUAGCCAAUUGGAAGCUGGUUCAGGUUAGCUGGAAACAAUUGGGUAUUGAUAAGGUUGUUCCAGUUGAGAAAUUAAUCAAAGGAAAGUUUCAAGUAAGUGCGCGCUUGAUGGAUAAACUUGGUUUAGGAUAACUUUGAGUUUUUGCAAUGGUUUAAAAAGUUCUUCGAUGCCAAUUAUGAUGGGAGAGAAUACAACCCUGCGGCAGCUCGGAACUUUGAGAAUCUCCCUUCUGGAAUAGAAGGAAACAGCAGCUCCAGGAUGCCUUUGAAAUCGACUACAACCAACCGUCAGACUGGGGGUUCUACUGCUUCGGUAAACAGCGCUUCAGGUUCUAAACCAUCAACCCUUAGAAAUGUACAUUCUGGCACGCGGACAGCGGCCUUGAAGACUCCAAACAAAGUGGGAAGUGCGGCAAAUCGACCACAACCAUCAACUAUUGCUAAGGAAAAUGGGGUUAGUCGUCAAGUAAGUGGUUAAACCAUGGUGAAAACUACGGAUAAUGGAUUUUAGGAAUAUGAAGAUGUCAAAAGUAAAUACGAAGAGGCUCUACAACAAAUCCGUGAAUCGGACGAUAUUAUUGCUGGAAUAGAAAAGGAACGCGACUUUUAUUUUACCAAACUCCGAAAGAUUGAGAUUUUAUGUCAGGACAACGAGACCGAGGUUAAGAUUACCAUCGAUAAGAUUUUUGAAAUCCUUUAUGAAACCGAAGAGGGAUUUGCACCUCCAGAAGAAGACGAAGAGAUUGAGCAAGGAAGCGCUUGA